UUGUGUUUGUUAUUGUUGGGGCAGCAGCUGCUUUGCUAGCACCAGCAACGAUGAGUAGUCGAGUUGGAUUUGUGAAAAAUCGAGUUAAGUUCGAAUGAUGCGAGUGAUCGGAACGGUUGUCUUGUUGGUUUAGCACGGAUUCUCGUCGUCUUAUUGCGUCCAGUGAAUAGCGUGCUAGAGAAGCGUGUCGUGUUGGAGGCUAAUUGGGAACGUACAAAAAAAAGUGCCGCAAUUUGUGUGUUAAUAAUAUAUGAAAUUAUUUAAAUACGGGUAGAAUAAUUGCGAAACGGUAGUAGUGCCGAAGGGAGGCUGUGUCGCGUAUAACAUAAUUUAGGGCGGCCAAAAGAAGAAAACAGAACAACAGUGCUUGCCAGGAAGCAAACGUGUUUGUUGUGUUUUCGGUGUAUAUAAUUAUAAUUCUUUUGGAAUUGCCACUUGUGUAGUGUGUUGCAUUCAUGUUUGUUUGCGUUUCUUGUGUGCGAAUUGUUUUUGUGUCGUCGCCGUGUUUGCUGACAUUCGCUUAGCACUCAACAAUUCACAGCUGUUUUGCAUUUAAUAAUAAUUACAAUGUGGUAUGCAUUUGAAUUGUGCAAGUGAAGUGUCUAUAAAGUUAUGAAAAGAAUUUGAAAGUGUUGCAAAAAAAAGCAAAUGUACAUAUGUAGUGGCAAAUAAACAACAACAUCAACAACAAUUAUAACUAAUCACGCCAAGCGUUCCAGCAUCAAAUCAAUUGCUGAUGAAUAAGCACAAAGCCAAAUAAGUUAAUAAGAAAAAAAUCAUACGAAGCGUAUACGAAUGCGCACGAGGAACGUAAUAGGAAACCGGUUUACUAACAACAAUAGUACUUACCAUUAGCAUCAGCAAAGAAAAUAAUAAAUUGUAAAUAAAUAAGAUAAAAGAAGAUACUUUAAGGCGAACGAAGCCACCGAAACAGUGACCAAUGCGCGUUUGAGGAAGUGUAAAGGCAAAAGGCAAACGACAAAAGCCAAAAGGGUAACCAAAACGUCUGCGCUUCAAACUAGUAAAAUUUAAAGUACCUUCUCACAUACAUACAUAUGUGCAUACAUGUGUAUGUACAUAAAAAGCAAGCUUAAAGCAAAAAGUGCGCAUCCGUUGCACUCCAUCCUCGCGACUCAAACCAAUACUCGAUAAUUCCGACGCGGCUUACAAUAGGUGCUCUUGUUUUAUUGGCGUCUUGUGGUGAUUAUCCCGCUGUCCGCGCUUUGGUUACACAUUCGACGCAGUCUCAAGAUUUCCGGGUCGUCACUGCGUGCGCCGCUUGCAACUGCACUGUUAUGCCGUGCUGUUCACCAAUAUAUUCCAGUGCACAUUUUGUUAAGAUUAUUUGGCUGUAGUGUCUACGUCCACUAUUCAUAAACGUUCUCCCGCUGCUGCAACGUAUUUUCCUCCACUUAAUUACGUUUAGCGUUUAUACUGUGCGAGCGUGUUUCGCGUGUGUGUAGUAACCGGUCAGUUGGAGCCGCAGGGCUAGUGGUUAUAGAGCUAAAACAACAAGAAAAUUAAGCAGUAUAACAACAACAAAUGCUGUAGUUAGCGUUCAGCGAAUAUAGAAUGGCAAGAUUUUUGUGUAAGAAGGCAGUGAACUCUCUCAAGUGAAAGAGAUAAGCGCUUUUGGAAACAUACCCACACAUACAAAUACAUAUCUAAUAUAAUAAUAUAGUCAAAAUUUUGGCUAGUUUCGUGCAAGACAACUGUGUAAUCGUUUGUGCACACUUUUACUUUCAAGCAAUUUUUAUGAAGCAAUGUGAAAUACGAAAAAAAUUGACAACACAAAGGAAAUAAUCUGUGCAAAAGCGCAUUCCCCGCACAGUUACAGAGGUGAGGGGAGUUAUAGCACAUAUUUUAUAAGCUUUCGCGUUUAUGCGCUUCAAAUCGAAUUUGAAAAUCAACUGACUGGUGAGCAAGUUAACGAAAACGCCAGCAACAAAAAAUACAAGCAGACGCCACAGCAUGUCCGCCAGUCUAAUGUCAUGUGUUCGGGAGAACUCCCCACCGUUAGAUAUAGUGGAUGGUGCCAACUGUAGCAGUGCAACGGGUCCAAUGUCUUUACCCGAUUGUCAUAUGACUACAAUGUCCACACAUAAACAACAACAACAACUCACAUCAACACCACUAUCAACGCCCAAUAUAAAUGAGAGUAGCAGCAGCGGUGGUGGCGGCGCUAGUGGAGGAGGUGAUGGAACAACACAAACUACUGAACCGAAACGUCGCCGCUUCCAUCCGCUGCGCAAUCUUCGGCGCAUUUUUCGUCGACGCACGAUCACCAACGUACCGGACACACCGCCGAGCGUCAACACAACCAACACAUUGCCACCGCCCACCAGCAGCACCAGUGAAAAGAAUCUGCGCAGCGCCACACUCUCCUCCAUAUCGUCAGCGGUGUCGGCCUCAUCGCCCUCCUCACCAUUAACCCACCAACAACUGCAGGACGCCUACUCAUCACAAUCGCUGCCCAAAUCGAAAUCCUAUUCGAUCAGUGGCUGUGGUGUUGGUGUUGUUGCCGCCGCCGGCAAUAGUGGCGGUAAUAAGUCCACACAGCACAGAGAUGCCCUAUUGGCAACGGUGUUAGGUGGAGGUGGUGGUAAACACAAGCAGCAACAACAACAUAAUAAACAACAAUUACAACAACAAUUGGAAGAAGAUAUCGACAUGUAUACAACACACGCCACACACAGCACCACAUCGGCGCUGUUCCACCAUCAUCAGCAUCAACAGGUGGGCAGCAGCGGCGGUGUACUCUUCCAGCCGCCACACUCGGUGCGGCAAUCGUUGGGCGUGGCUGUGCUGCCGAGCGCCAUGAAUCGCAGCUUCUACGCUGAGCGCCAGAAGUUGCGCAGCAUCGGCGACUCGUCGCAGGAGUUGGACAGCAGCGGCAAUGAUAGCGGCAGCGCCAACAACACGGUGAGCGGCAGCGCGAACGGCGGCGCACGGACGAAUGGCUGUGCGAGCAGUGAGAUGUCGGACAGUCAGCGUAGCCUCAGCGAAGGACGCUUGGUGGACAGCGAUUACAGUCACGAUCCACUCUCUCAAUCACACGACAGCGUAUUUUCCGAAUCGGCAUCAGCGAGUCUAUUCUCCAACAGAGAUUAUCAGGCUGAGCUCUCCGAUGUGCUGCGUAAACGCAAUCGCCAUCGUCAGGAUGCUUCCGAAGAGGAUCUGGGACUGCCACGCAGUCCAGCUUCACCGCAACGGCGCGUCGAACGCACCACACAGCGCACUCACUAUGCCAAUAGCAAGCACACAACCACAGCCACAUCUUCCACCGCCACCACCACGGGCGGCAAUCACAGUGAAGUGUCCUCGUUGAGUUUGCUGAGCAUGAAUAGUGGUGAUGGCGAUGAGCUAUUCACCGCAUCCACCGCAAAUAAUUCCACAAUUAGCGCCAAAGAAUUUGUGCAGGAACGUUCGUUGACAACAACAUCGUCGACGGUGAGUGGACGCAGCAUAACACGCUCUUCCACCGUGUCGACCACAUCAGUGUCCUCGGAGAUUUAUCGACACUCGUCGAGCGGCAGUUUGGCCAGCGACACGAACCGAGACGAGCCGGAUUUGUUGGGUGCGAAGUAUCAACGUCUGUCACAUUCGGCUGCCAAGCAUAAAAUGGCUCUACGUCCGGCUAAGAAGAAGGGACCGAGUCGUCUGCACCGGCGUACGCUGGAGACCUCAAUACCCGAAGCCAAUGAAGAUAGCCUCAGGUUGGCUAAUAAUACACUACUGGACAUAAAAGAACACGACAUCAAAGCCAAAACACGCUCCCUACCGCCUAGCGUUAAUACUAAAGUAUUAGAUCAACAUGCUGUUGAACCGAAAAAGGUGGCAUCACCUUCGAAAUCGAAAACGAAAUCUACAAACGCCAGCAAUGAGCAAACAGUAAACGUUAAGCGCUCGAAAAUCGAGAAACAUGAAAGAAGUAAUGAUGGUGGCAAACUCACCACUAACACAACAACAAUUACCACCACUAGCAGCAGCAGCAGUAGCGGUUCCAUAACGGCUGCCACCAAUCUAUUUGGCUUGCGCACGUUGACAGCGAAGGCAACGGCGCUCUUUGAGCCACCACAGGAGUCGUCCACCGAUCCAACACCCAGUGAACAGGAAUUGAAGAGAGAGAAGGAACGUGAGAAACUCAAGGAAAAGGAAAAAGAGAAGAUGAAAGAGAAAGACAAAGACAAAGAGAAGGAUGCCGCAAGUACACAAGUGGAGACCACAGAGAGUGGUUUCCUGCGACGACUCAUACAACGCAACUCGAAGCGUUCGACCACGCGCAAUAACAACAACAGCAGCAGCAACACUCCUAACAGCGUGCCGGCCGCCGAGGAAAAAAUGGAACUGAGUCAAAGUGAAACGGAUGCCAAAACUAAAAUGCAGGUUUCCACCUCGUGUUUGGAUAUGAAGCCGACACCCGAGCCCAGUUUGACCAAAUUAGAUAAAUCACGUAGCGCCUUGAGCUACGAACAAAAUAUCGAAGAGACACGUAAGGACAUUAAACGUGAAAUUUUGGCUGUCGGCAGCACCGGCUUGAAUGCCAUGCUGAACGCGCAUAAUUUGACAGCACACAGUAGCAGCGCCAACAACGUCAAGGAAGCCGCCGCGACAACCUCGCCACCGAAACCGAAAUCGGGCGCGGCAGCACGCCAACGCUACAUGCCGCAGGACAUCGGCUCGCUGGAACGCAAGGUGACCACGAGCGCCAACACGACAGCGCACGACUCGUAUGCCAGCAGCACGAGCAGCUUACUCUCCAAGAGCUCACAGCAAGAGAUAUUCCAAUCCACUUCGAUUAUACGUGAAAUUACCGCCUCACAGGCAUCCAGUGUGAAUUCGUUGAGCAGCGUCAGCAAAUUGUCGGAACAUCACUAUGAGAAGAAACCGAAAAUAGUUGGACUCAGCGCUUUUCAGCAAAAGAUCUCACGUUCCAACGAUUCGGUGGUACGUUACGCCGCCAGCAAUGGCAGUAACGCGCACUCCACCAGCUCGCUGGACGCCGCCGACGAAACGCACGCGUACAGCAGCCAAGAACAGAAGCAACGAAAAGUUGUGGAGAAAUCGCGCAGUUUUCGCACCUACCAAGAGGAUGCGUAUGCCACGCCCACCGCGAUGCACAACAACAUGCCCAGUUUGCCUGAUUUGACGUUGAAUUUGCGUGUGCCCUACAAUGACUUCGCACACAACGCCAAGGAUCAUGCCGAGCACGGCGCUUUGGAUGCGGAGCUGCAAGGUGAUAAAGCGACGCGCGCUACCACACCGCGCACUGAGUCUGCUGGCAAUUUAACUACCACGAGCAGCAAUUAUAAUUUUACAAAAAAUAUUGUGGUGAAGAGUACGCCAAGCAAAACGGUUACGCCAGACGAGUCCAACAAGGGUGACUUACUUGUGAAAUCGCCAUUCAUCAAUGUAUUGCGCAAACCAACGAGCACCACCAGUUUGGAGGAGAAAGCGCUUGUGGUUACUGUAAGCGCCGCCAACAGCAACCGAAAAUCUGUUGAGCAGAUAAAUACGCCCAAGCCAUCGCCCAUCUCGCUCGUCACUGUGGUGCCGCCCGCAGCGGAAGUGUUGAAGGCCGAGCAGCAGCUGCGUCCGAAAGUCUUGCAUUUGCGGGAUUCGAAUGCGAGCCUGGAUACGUCCACCUCCACGGACGACCCGAAACUCACGCCCACAACAGCGGCGGUACCGUUGCGCGAGAAGAGCAAGCUGAAGUCUAAUGUGGCGGUGGCUAAUGUGCGCAACUCCAUGGAUGUUUUAGCAGCAAAUGCCAAAGAUAUGGAGCGCAAAUCGGCGCCAGCACCGGUGGUGCAGAGUGCCAAGGCGCAAAGCGUCAAGACGACGCGUCGCAGCACCAGCUUGUUAGGCAGCCCGCCAGCGCAUUGCCAAAGCGGCAAUGAGGAGCGCGGCGCCGCAGUAAAGUUGCAUGAGUCGACAAGCGGCAGCAGCACGCCGAACGACGAUGGCGUGCCGGAGUUCAUGCGCAUACAGUUGAACCGCGUUGAUCCCGCGCGCAUUGCUAAGAGCGCCAAUGUGGUGCUGGCCAAGAAUGUGCGCGAGCUGCAAACGCCUACACAACAGCAGCAACAACAACAAACAGAAGCACAGCAAGUGCAACAAGAGAAGCAGCAGCAGCCGCAACAGCAACAACAAGUGACCAAAGAGGCUAAUAACGAGCGCAACAGCAAUUUGGAGGAGCUCAGCUUGCGCCGCUUGAGCAACGAGAGCGUGGAGAUUAUCGAGAAGCCCUCACCCAAUGAAGCCGACAAGCAGAAAACCAUAUUCGAUAUGAGCCAGAAUCACAGCAGCAGCAACAACAACAAUAAAUCGCCAACUAAAAUGCAUGUGGUUGUCAGCGCGCUGCCGCCAAGAAGUCCCGUGAAGAAACAACAAUCGAUUGUUACGCUGUCACCAACUACACCGACCACACCAACAACACCGAUAACACCAACGGCAACCGACGUCGACGAAAGCGCAUUGCUGCGCAUGAAAACGCCAUCAGAUACGCCCGCUGACGCGGCAACGCUGAGCGCCAAAAAGUUAUCGUUGCAAGAGCGCAAGCGCUUAUUCAUGAGCGAGGAGAAAUUGAAGACGGACAAGCGCAUUGAGGAGUUGCGCAAUGAGCGCAAGAAGUCCAUUACAGAGGAAGUCUAUCGCAAAUCAUUUGCCAAAUCGGAGGAGAAAUUGGAGACGAGCGAAAAGGCGGCGACCGACAAUGUGGUCAUGCUGCGCAAGAAGUCCUUCUGCGCCACCACGCAAGCGGGCGCGCCGACCAACGGCAAUCGCGACGAUGCGACGCCGGAGUUGAUGAAGGUUUUCGCGCGGCGCUCAUUGAAAAUCAAAGAUGAGGACAUCAACGCGCUUGCCGACAAAAUACAAGUGGGCAAUGGCGGCGGCGGUAGCGGUAGCGGCAGCGGCGCCAAGAAAUUCGUGGCGGCGCAGCAGAAUGUCGACAGCGACAAGGAGAAUCAGUCGGCGAGCGAGGAGAAACUGGACAAAUUGCCGAAAUUGGAGGCGUCCCACGAAAUGCAAAGCGGCAAAUUGACGAAUGGUGUCAAUAAUCGCAAUUCGCUGGCAGAUUUUCGCACGAAAAGCGUUAUUGGCGGCGCGUCACAUACGAAUGGCUUAAGCGUGCAUAAUAACAAUAAUAAUAAUAACAACAACAAUCACACUGCCGCAAAUAACAGUAAUAACAGCACCACCGGCAUACACAGCGUUAACAAUACCACCGCCAACAAUGUCAACAAUGUCAACAGCAGCAACAACGCUGUCACCAGCGGCGGUGGCGUCGGCGGCGCCAAUAACCGCAGCUUCCUGCCGCCCAUCAAAGUCGCCGGUUUCCGCGCCAUACCCAUCGAGCGCAACAACAGCGUUAGCAAAAUCUUUCCGAACACUGCGUCUGAAACUCUAAACAACAACAAUAAUAACAAUAGCAACAGCAACAAUUUGAAUAACAACAAUCACCAUCAACAGCAACCACAGCUAAAUGGCAAGGCGCACGAGCGGCAAUCGUUGAACAUCAAAGCGCUUGAGAGCAACAGCAGCGGCAGCAGCAGCAGCAUGAAUAGUUCGACGAGCAGCAGCAGCGCGCUUAGCAAGACAAUCGAGCGCUCGGCAACGGUUAGCGAAUUUAAGGGUAUACAUCAGCGGCGCGCCGAGUGGGAGCAACGCGCCAAGGAGGCGCUGAAGUAAGUGUAACAAGGGAGUUGGCAACGCGCUUGUAUACAGUGUGCUGGUGAGCAGCGAAAUAUGUGCGAAUAUAAGAAAUGAAAAUGCCGGCGCAGCAAAUGAGGCGCCAUGUGAAUUGCACGAACGCGCCAAAAUAGCAAAAGUAAUGAAAUAUGUUAUGUACGCAUGCUGGUGUACAUGGGAAAAAUUGACAGUGACUUGGCGCAUGCGCAUGCGCAUGCUUUUCGAGCUUAUUUGCAUUUUCUGCAACAUUUAAGUACUAAGUUUUAAUUCAACUUUCUUUUCCAUCAUACAAAAUUAUGCCGUAAAGUUGUAAAUGUUACUAACAAAAUCUAAUAUAAGCAAAAACAAAAAAUACUAAAAUGCUAAGAAAUAUGUAUGAAAUUUUCUAAAUGGUCAUUAAUGAGUUGGCGGUUUGAACAAAA